GAGAGAGAGAGCGACCAGGGAUCCAUGGAGCAUGUCACAGCACCAGUGUUUUCUAUGUCUUCUUGUCCACGAUGCACUUUAGGACUUCAAUAAGAUGCGUGUGUGUUUCCAGAUAAUCAGUUUCUUCCUCGCCGUAAACUUUUACAGCAAGCCGCUCCGAGCUCAGGAUCCCUCCUGUUGCCACCAUGUUGCCAACUUGUCGCCUUGCAAAGAAGCUUGUGACCAGCUUGCAACUAUAAAAAGUGAGUCUCGCCUAAAGCAUCUCCUCCAGAGGUUACCAGGUUACUGUCCAGAGUCUUUGAAUGAACUUUGGACGUGCAUUAACUCUACACUUCCAGGAGUAUCCAGGAAGUCAGAUGGCUGGGUGGGGCUGGGCUGCUGUGAGCUGGCUAUCUCCCCUGAGUGUCGCAAGGAAUGCAGACAGGCAUCAUCUAAAAAUGACAUAACAAAAGUAUGCAAAAAAGUCACAGAGAACUCACUCUACAGCUGCAUCACCAAAAAUGAAAUGGGCUCCACAUGCUGCAGCUAUGCAGGGCGUCACACCACCUGUAGAGAGUACUGCCAAGCCAUCUUCAGGACUGACUCGACCCCCACUGUGUCCCAGAUCAAUGCUGUCAAAGAGUACUGUCAGAGUCACAGCACUCAGCUGCUCAGCUGUGUCAGCAACUUCACCAAGUCCUACCCCAUACGCAGCCCUAUAGACAGUCUAUACUGCUGUGAUCGGGCAGAGGCUACUCACUGCCAGGUGGCUUGCCGGCGAAUCCUUCGCACCAUGAGCACAGAGAAUGAGAUCAUGGAGGGUUUGAUUGAGGAGUGUAAAUCCCAGCCUCUUCCUCAGGACCCUAUGUGGCAGUGCUUUCUGGGCAGCGCCCACCCUCCUUCCCCCCCUGAAGAGGAGACCCCCCAUCCCGGCAAGAUGGACUGUGCCAAGCUGCACUGCUGCUCCAAGGCAAACACUUCAAUCUGCAGGGACAUGUGUCAGGAGAUCAGUACUAACUGGGGCAGCCAGACGUGGCAGGACUUUGACCAGCUCUGUGAGUAUAACCCAGGGGAGACGGAGCUCAUCAACUGUCUGGCUGAUGUCAGGGAGCCCUGCCAGUUGGGCUGCAAGGACCUCAACUACUGCACCAACUUCAACAAUAGGCCCACAGAGCUGUUCCGCAGCUGUAACGUCCAAUCAGACCAGGGCGCCAUGAAUGACAUCAAGCUGUGGUCCAAUGGGACGAUCAAGAUGCCGUUCAUGAACAUCCCUGUGCUGGACAUCAGGAAGUGUCUGCCAGACAUGUGGAAGGCCGUGGCCUGUUCCCUGCAGAUCAAACCCUGCCACAGCAAGUCCAGAGGGAGCGUCAUAUGCAAGUCAGAUUGUGUGGACAUCCUGACCCAGUGUGGAGACAGGAAACGUUUCCAUGAAGGACAAACUCCAGAGAGAAUUUGUGAGCUGCUGUCGCCCAUUGAUGACCCUGAACGCUGCAUCCCCCUCCACAGAUACCUCACCCCCAGUUCUCUAGGCACCACCAUCGUUGAGGAGGUCAUCCAUCCAUGCAACCCCAACCCCUGCCCCAGCAACCACUUAUGUCAGGUCAACAGGAAGGGCUGCCUUGAUGAACUCAACUGUCAGCCAUACCUCUGUGUGCCAGGCUGUAAACUGGGUGAGGCCUCCGAGUUUCUGGUGCAGCAGGACGCUCAUAUCCAGGUGCCGACUCGUGCUGGUCUUGCUGGGUGCUACGAGGUCUGCAGCUGUGGUCCCAGUGGGCGUCUGGAGAACUGUCUUGAGAUGCCCUGUGUGGACACCAACAAGCCCUGCAUUGUAGGAGGACAGAGGAAGAGCCAUGGGACAUCUUUCAGGGUUGACUGCCACACUUGUUCCUGCUUCGCUGGUGACACCAUCUGCUCCACAAGACAAUGUCUCGGCUUCGACAGCUCCGAUGAGGACCGCCGACACUUUACCGGUCUUCCCUGUAGCUGUCCGGACCGCUUCGUCCCAGUGUGUGCCUCUAAUGGGCGGACCUAUCCCAGUGCCUGUGUGGCUCGCUGUAUGGGAUUCAAGGACCAUCAGUUUGUCUUCGGCCUGUGCCGCCUCAGUAACCCCUGCACCAACAAACCCUGCCAGAGAAACCAGAGGUGCAUCCCAAAGUAUCGUGUGUGUUUGAGUGACUCGUCAGACUGCCCGCAGUAUGAGUGUGUUGGCCGGCCUGCAGCCUGUGAUAAGAACAGUGUGGACCUGGCCUGCGAUACUGACGGCCUGGUCCACCCCAGCCUUUGCCAGCUGCAGCAGGCUGGGAAAACCCUGGCUUAUAUGGGCCACUGCCAGGAUGCCUGUAGGAAGCCUCAGCAAGUUUGUGGCCAUAAUGGUGAGACCUACAAUACAGUAUGUGAUGCCUUCUCGGACCGCGUAGCUGUGGACUACGAGGGCCCCUGCCAUGCUGUGGGGGCCAUGUCUGACUUGGCCCCAGACUCUGCGUGCAGUGUGAUUCCCUGCCCACCUCUGUCCACUCCAGGCUGCCUGCCUGUCACCCCACCUGGAGCCUGUUGUCCCAUAUGUGCCAGCAUGCUGCAGAUCCUCUGGAACAAAGAGCAGAUGAACAUUUUCUCUGAGCUGAAUAAGAACCAGCCGGUGACGGUCCGUGACAUCCUGCAGAUCCUGCGGCUUCAUGUCUCAGUGCCACAGUGCGACGUCUUUGGCUACCUGAGCAUCGACCACGAGCUGGUGGUCCUCAUCGCUCCAGUGGACCAGCAGCCAACAUCACUGCAGCCAACAACCCGCACCUGCAUCUCGUCAGCCACCUCCUCUACCUGCCACACAUGCCAGCAAUGCUACCCCGGUUCUCCAGUCAACCCCUGCUUGAUCGUCGUUGCUCCUUACCUGGUUCACUCACCUCCGUCCUCCCCUCCGUCAGCUGGGCUCGCCACCCUACCCUCUCCCCUUGGACCUCUUCCACGGCGUCCUCCCAGCUCCUCCCCGUGCCUUCUUACUUCACUCUCCCUCACCUCCACUCCCUCACCCCCUUUUUUCCUUCAAUAAAACCUGUUCAUCCUGA